AUCUUGACGCCUGGAUGUGUAGGCCUCGCAGAGAGAGAGAGGAAGGAGCGCUUUCGUCGCGAUGCUGGUGCCGGUCUUCACGCUCAAGCUGAGCCACAAGAUCCUGCCCCGGAUGGUGGCCCUGGGCAAGUACGACGGGACCCACCCCUGCCUCACGGCGGCCACCCAGGCCGGAAAGGUUUUCAUCCACAAUCCCCAUGCGCGUAGCCAGCGUGUCAAUACGAACCGUUUGGUGCUGAGCACCCAGGAUGCGGAUAUCUCUCUCCUAAACAUCAAUGAGGCCGUCAGCUGUUUGACUGCAGGGGUGCUGAACCCCGACCUUGGCUGUGAUACCCUUCUUGUUGGCACCAGGACCAGUUUGUUGGCGUACGAUGUGCACAACAACGCAGACUUGUUUUAUGCAGGGGUCACUGGUGACAACGUUCGUUCGUUGGCGUUGUGCGACUUCGAUGCAGAUGGGAAAAAAGAGCUGCUUGUUGGUUCUGAAGAUUAUGAUAUCAGAGUUUUUAAAGAAGAUGAGAUUGUGGCAGAAAUGUCAGAAACCGAGACAGUCACGGCCCUUACCUCAAUGUGCAGCAGCCAAUUUGGCUAUGCCCUUUCUAAUGGAACUGUUGGCAUUUACAACCGGACGUCCCGCUAUUGGAGAAUUAAAUCUAAAAACCAGGCCAUGAGCAUCCAUGCGUUUGAUAUCAACUCUGAUGGAGUGUGCGAACUUAUCACUGGCUGGUCCAGUGGGAAGAUUGAUGCACGCAGCGACCGUACUGGAGAGGUCAUCUUCAAGGAUAAUUUUUCUUCCUCGGUUGCGGGAAUAGUAGAAGGGGAUUAUCGCAUGGAUGGCAACACCCAGUUAAUCUGCUGCUCGGUUGAUGGCGAAGUGCGAGGAUACCUUCCAGGAAGCCAGGAGACGAAGGGGAAACUGUUGGACACAAGUGUGGACCAGGACCUGAUUCGGGAGCUGAGCCAAAAGAAGCAGAACCUGCUGCUCGAGUUGCGGAACUAUGAAGAAAAUGCCAAGCAAGUGGAACUCAACACUCAAGUGAAUGAGGCGGAUGGGCAAAAGGGGGUGAUCCCAGCCAACACCCAGCUCCAGACGGCACUCUCGGUCAACCUGGGAUCCGAUAGCGAAUCUGCUCAUGUCGAGUUGUGCAUUUCCACAUCCAAUGACACCGUCAUCAGAGCCGUGCUCAUCUUUGCCGAGGGGAUCUUUGAAGGGGAGAGCCACGUGAUCCACCCCAACCUGCAGAACCUUUCAAGCUGCAUCAAGGUUCCCCUCACUCCCCCCAAGGACGUCCCCGUGGAGCUGAACAUCAAGGCCUUCGUCGGUUACAGGAAUAGCACACAGUUCCAUGUUUUUGAGCUGUCCAGGCAACUUCCUCGCUUCUCCAUGUACAUUCUGAGCAGCCCCGAUUCUGCUCCCGGGCCUUUGAGCUUUGUGCGGUUUACCCUCAACGAGAGGGUGCAAAUGAUCGUCAUGUGGCUAAAGCAGAGUUUCCUGUUGCCAGAAGACUUGGAGAUCCAAAACGAGUCCUUUGAGGUGUGCUUCACGUCUCUGCGCGACGCGGGACAGCUGUGGAUCAAAAUGACGCCAAGCGGAGAGAUCUCUAUCAACACAGACAACAUCGACUUGGCUGGAGACAUCGUCCAGUCCAUGGCCUCCUUCUGGGCCAUUGAAGACUUGCAGGUUGAAGCUGACUUCCCGGCGUAUUUCGAGGAGAUGCGCAAGGCCCUUGUUGUGGUGGACAAUUCCCACGCGGUCUGCCAGAAGCUCACGGCCAACAUGGCGGACAGCUCCAACCUCAUCCGCAGCGUCCUGGUCCGGGCGGAGGAUUCGCGCCUCAUGAGCGACAUGAAAAAUAUGAAGAGACGAUACAUGGAACUGUACGACCUGAACCGGGAUUUGCUCUCCCAGUACAAGAUCCGCUGCUCCAAUCACACGGAGCUUCUGAACAACCUGAAGGCCAUCAACCAAGCCAUCCAGCGAGCGGGACAGCUGCGGGUUGGUAAACCCAAGGCCCAAGUGAUCGCCGCUUGCCGGGACGCCAUCAAGAACAACAGCGUGAAUAUGCUGAUCAAAAUAAUGCGCGUGGGGACGACAUCUUCCUAGAAACCAAAGCAAAACACAUCUGGACUCUCACCAUAAAAGAUACCUAGUGGCAGGUAGGCUGUAAGCGUAAUGCUAUCUGAUCAGCUCCUAGUGACUGUGUGGUAAAAGCAGAAGCUCAUUUGGAGUAGGAUCUAUGUCUGCGCUCUCCCAAAGGAAGGAUUACUGUGACACAUUGCUAGCGGAGCACAAAGACAGUGGCACUUGGUGGGGAAAGAGACAAAACAUGGACGUCUGUGAACAUCAGGCGCAUGGAGGGAUGUCCUGGAUAUUUCUUGGAAUGGUAAAAUUGUGGAACGAGGCCAAAGGCAGGAACUACAACUAAAUGACCGAGUCAGAGACAGGCUUUAUUUAUUACAACCGUAAUAUUUUGUAGCACUUUUUACAAUAAAAUAAGCAAACCAUAAUUUUCUAUAA